AAAAAGCCUCGGAAACAAAUUGGCGUCCCUCAGCCGCACUCCGACUUCUCCGUCGUCACUCUCUCACUCAAAGAAUCGAGUCGGCGGAGAUGGUAACUUCCACGAUCUAAUCGCUUCCAAUUAUCCGAGCACAGUCGAGGAAUCCGCCGCCGCCCGUUCCUUCUGCUCCCUCCGCCCGACUUGCUAAGGAUUUCCAGAUACUCUAGCUUCCACACUACUUGCUUUUGCUGCUAAGAUUCAGUCUGUUGGGAUGGGCGAGAACAACGAUGAUCAUUCCUCGCCUAAAAAGGAAAACCCAGAUCAUGAUUCCGAGACUCCUAACCCUAGUGAUUCCCAGGAGGAUAACUCCCUCGAAACCAUAGUUCGAAAGUUUCAGGACUCGAUUUCUGUAGGCAAGCAACACAAGUUUUGGGAAACCCAACCAGUGGGGCAGUUCAAGGAUGUCGGAGUCACGGAUUUGCCUGAGGGACCUAUUGAGCCAGCAACUCCUUUGUCCGAGGUCAAACAAGAGCCUUACAACCUGCCUGCACAAUAUGAGUGGACUACUUGUGACAUGGAGUCUGAUGAGACCUGCAAUGAGGUCUAUGCUCUGCUGAAGAACAACUAUGUUGAGGAUGAUGAGAACAUGUUCAGGUUCAAUUACUCCAAGGAGUUCCUCAGCUGGGCGUUGCGCCCUCCCGGCUACUAUAAGAGCUGGCACAUUGGGGUACGUGCUAAAGCUUCCAAAAAGCUUGUUGCUUUCAUCACGGGGAUUCCAGCAAGGAUCAGGGUACGUGGGGAAGUGGUGAAGAUGGCUGAGGUCAACUUCCUGUGUGUUCAUAAGAAACUAAGGUCAAAGAGGCUUGCACCGGUCAUGAUCAAAGAGGUCACUAGGAGGGUUCAUUUGGAGAACAUUUGGCAAGCAGCUUAUACAGCUGGUGUGGUUCUGCCAACACCAGUAACCACUGCUCAGUAUUGGCACAGGUCGUUGAACCCCAAGAAGCUUAUUGAUGUCGGCUUCUCCAGGCUUGGUGCAAGGAUGACAAUGAGCAGAACUAUAAAGCUUUACAAGUUGCCAGAUUCACCGGUUACUCCUGGAUUCAGAAAAAUGGAGCUGCGUGAUGUGCCAGCUGUCACUCGGUUACUUAGGAACUACUUGGCUCAGUUUGUUGUUGCACCUGAUUUUGACGAGGACGAUGUUGAGCACUGGCUUCGCCCGGUCGAGAAUGUCAUUGACAGUUUCGUGGUUGAGAGCCCAGAGACUCAUGAGAUCACUGACUUCUGCAGCUUUUACACUCUGCCGUCCUCUAUCCUCGGCAAUCAGAACUACUCGACUUUGAAAGCUGCUUAUUCCUAUUACAAUGUCCCCACCAAGACCCCAUUACUACAGUUGAUGAAUGAUGCGCUGAUAGUAGCCAAGCAGAAGGAUUUUGAUGUCUUCAACGCCCUCGAUGUUAUGUUCAAUGAGUCGUUUGUGAAGGAGCUGAAAUUCGGGCCAGGUGACGGGCAGCUUCACUAUUACCUUUAUAACUACCGUUUGCAGCAGGCACUUCGGCCAUCUGAACUUGGUCUGGUUCUCUUGUAGUUCAUGGUCGAUGUAGGGGAUCUUACAUGGAUUUUUCCAGUUACCAUUGGAUUGUUACCCCAGAACAGUUUUGUUUGCUCUUAUCUUCAUGUUUUAGCUGGUUGUAUGUCGCCCAUGAAAGUUUACACAAUGUUGGUUGUUGGUUAUAUGGAUGUUGAUGUGGGUGAUUGAAUAACAUUUUGAGUUCGCCGGAAUCUGUCGAUGCUGAGUUUGUAAUAUUGUCAGGUAGUUUCUCUUGUUGGUGCUGCAGGCCUUAAGGGCACUUUGUAUGCACUUCGUAUUUGAACAAUUGAAGUUUGAGAUUAAUGGAUACUAAACUGUUCAAGAACAUUAGAUUGAGGGAAUU